CUGUUAUUCCCUAUUGUAAUGCCCCUUUCUUUCUGAUAAACUGCUUCUCGAUUUUGGAACCUAAAUAAAAUGUUCAAACUGUUGUCUUGUUUAAUCCUCUUGCAUCUGAUCAUAAGCACUGAGGAGCAGCAGCUGCGAGGUACUGUUACUCAACGCCUGGAAAAUGCUCUCAAACUUGGAAGUGAUAUAAAAUUGAGCUGCAGCAGCUCUGCUUCUCAGAUUGUGGACCAAGGAAUUUACUGGUUCCGACAGAGAGCAGGAAAACCUCCAGAAUGUCUGGUCUUCAUCACAGGUUUGGGCAAGAAAAGGGGACCUUGUGGAGAACAUGACUCCAGGAUUACUGUGGGGAAAUCCGGUCAGUCCUAUAACCUGGUACUAGCAGGUUUUCAAAAGGAAGACGCUGCCAUGUACUACUGUGUUAGUGUGGUUAAUUCUGUGCUUUAUUUUGGAAGCGGCACCAACGUGGUAAUAAAUGAACCUAGUACAACUACUGUAAAAAUCACCACUAAGAAGGUACAGACAACAGAAACAGCCUCUAAAGGAAACGAAGGCAACCAAUGCGGGUGCGCUAAUUCCGGAUCCAGCAACAAACCAACAGAGCGCAUGUCACCCAAGGAUUUAUUCGCAUGCGAGUUGUACAUCUGGAUUCCACUGGCUGCCAUUUCUGUACUGCUUGUCAUCUCCCUCAUCAUCACCUUAUCAGUUGGCAAAAAAUCCAGACGAAGAAUUUGUAAAUGUAAGAAUCAUUAUAAAAACAGACCAACGCCUGAAGGACAUGGAAGGCCUCAAUUUCCAGACAGAUACAUUUAAGGUGCAACAUAAGGAGUCAACAGUGGUAAUUGCAGUAACUCGUUUAAUACCAGAUGCAUGUCAAAAUAUUUAUACAGUAGUCAAAGAUGGGCUGACACGUUACUAAGGAGUAUCUUGCUUUUUUUAACAUAGCCAACUUCCAUGGAAAUCUAUGAAUCUAUAAAAAUACUGGUAAUAUAAAUGUUCCUGAGAAAAGCUUUUGGAUUUCAUAUACAUACGUGUCGCUGUUUGUGUGAUUACAUUUAGAUAGCUAGAUAUAUAGCUAUGUACAGAUAGACAGAUAGAUAGAUAAAUAGAUAAAUUAAAUUUGUGUAAUAAAUACUUUUUAAUUCUUUUCAUAAUGUUUUCCUAUUGAUAUAGCUAAAUAUUAAAUGUUUGCUAUACAAAAUAAAAAAUACUCAGUUGGCCUGUAAAAGGAAUGAAAUGUACAAAUGUAAUUGUGUAAUAAAGAAGGAUGAGUAUUUUGCA